AGGCAGGCAGGCAGGCGAUCAAGGGUGUCUGUCUGUCUCAUGGUGAAUCGACUCAUGCGACCAUCUAUGCAAUGCUCACGCUCACCACUCGCUCGGCAAGCGCAUACCUGCCGUCUUCACUCUGCUCUCUGCUGACCACUGACAUUAGGCUGUGCAAGAUCUCGGCAAAGCAACUAGAAGUUCAUCAUACGUGUGACGCAAAAGGGGAUGGAUGGAUGAUGCACCGCGCACGGCGUCGCACGCCCUUCAAGGCUCGCCGUGCCGAUCGCUUGGGAUGCUUUCGGUCGCUUUGGGGCACGUAUGCACAGCUCUCGACGACACCGAAGCGGGAAAGGCUUCACCCGAAAAGGUGACGGUUUGAGCAUGUUCCACUCUACCAAGCGCACCUUGAACAAGGACUGAGCUGUGAACGAUGACAUAUGCCAAGCUCGGACAGAAUGACACCUUUACGCUCAGAUUCUACUCGCCACGCUCAUCGAUUGGCCUGCCUUGCCUGCAAGCAGAUCCAGCUGGCUCUCGGCAGCUCGGGCUCUUGCGUCGAUCUUGUUGGGCCCCCGCUGCUGCAGCACAACGCUGGGCAGCCCACUUUGGCUUCGGCUCUGCGUCUCCUGCUGCAUUGCACAGUCGACAUCGCAGCGGUCUGACAGCGUUGUCAAAGGGACGACUCGGUAUUGCGCCGGACACGAGCAUCGACAGGAAUGUUGACGACCGAGAGCAUCCAUCCUGACAUCAACAAUUGCCCGCUUCGGCGAGCUGAAGUACAUACAACAUCUCUUCAUCACCGAAAAAAGGUACGCGGCUGCUUUCAGACGAGCCAUGAGAGGACUGCACUGACUCGUAGAGGUGCGGUAUAAGUAUCGCGACCGAGCUCAGUGUCCCGCUCCUCUUCCUUCCCCAGGCCUGCCUCGCACAAAUUCUUGCUUUCCCCCCCUGUUUCUCUGCCUUCGUACCUUCUUUCUUUCAUCAAUCUUCAUCACUCGCACUCACUGUGAACCCUGGAGGUCACACACGUGUCUUUUCAUAGCGUUCUUCGUCCACUCCAUCGCUGUUUCGCGCCCGUCGUACGGCCAAAGCAUACAAGCCCGCGAGAGUCCACCGCUCCUCUACCAAUCCACCCCAUCGCUCACCAU